CGCCGGCGCAGAGUCGACUGUAACUGGACGAUUCGCGGAUGGAGCGAAGGCUAUAGGCAGCUACGAAAGCAUUGGCAAUGCGGCAGGAAGAAGGAACCAAUUAAUCGUGCGAAUGGACUGAGAGACUUCGUGAAGAUCUUGUGUAAGCCGCAAAUCCCGAAUAAAAUAACCCCGCACCGCCGUUUGCACCGAAUGAACGACGGCUCCAGGCUUCCUCCAGGAUGUUAGAAGAGGAUUCAUGUUUUUUAUUGGAUACAAAGAUUCAUCAGACCUUGGUUUUAUCUAUCUUGGAUUGUAAGCAUUAAGUUCCAGAUUUUCUGUUUAGAAUAAACUUCACAGAGGCUUAGAAGAGGAGGAUUUGUAAUUAGGAAACAGAAGCAAAACAUCAGAUCAGGAUCUGUCAGAAGUGCCCAGUUUCUGGCAACCUGAAUAUCAUCACAUUUUGAACAUGGAAGGAAACAGCACUUUUCCUAGUGGAGAGACACUGUACACACAUUCUGUUUGCCACCAGGAUCUCAGUCAGUCGUCUGGCGUGUUGGAACAUAAAUACGGUCAGAAAGAGGAGAAACCAUGGAAGUGUGGGGACUGUGGGAAGGGAUUCAGAUCCCCAUCAGAGCUGGAGGUGCAUCGGCGCAUUCACACUGGAGAGAGGCCGUUCACCUGCUCUAGGUGUGGGAAGAGAUUCACUCAGUUAUCCCACCUGCUGACCCACCAGAGAGUUCACACUGGGGAGAGGCCAUUCACCUGCACCGAGUGUAGGAAGGCAUUCACUCAGCUAUCCCACCUGCUGAAACACCGGCUCGUUCACACUGACAAGAGACCUUUUAAAUGCCCAGACUGUGGGAAGUGUUAUAAAAGUUCCGAUAAACUAAUGUCCCAUCAACGUGUUCACACUGACGAGAGACUGUUUAGGUGCUCCCAGUGUGGGACUGGUUUCAGGCGAUCCUCUCACCUGACUGCACACCAGCGGGUUCACACCGGGGAGAGGCCAUUCACCUGCUCUGUGUGUGGGAAGGGAUUCACUCAGUCAACCCACCUGCUGAGACACCAUCGCAUUCACACCGGGGAGAGACCGUUUAAUUGCCUCGACUGUGGGAUGUGCUUUACAAGUUCCGAGGAACUGAUGUCCCAUCAACUUGUUCACACAGAUGAGAGACCGUUUAUGUGUUCUCACUGUGGGGCUGGAUUCAAAAAAUCAUUCCAACUCACUGUGCACCAGCGGAUCCACUCUGGGGAGAGGCCGUUCACCUGCUCCGAGUGUGGGAAAGGAUUCACUCGAUCAUUCCACCUACUAAGACACCAGCAAGUUCACACCGGAGAGAAACCUUUUAAAUGCCUGAACUGCGGGAAAUGUUUUAAAAGUUCUGGGGAACUAAUCUGCCAUCAACGUGUUCACACCAAUGAGAGACCGUUCAGAUGCUCUCACUGUGGAACUGGAUUCAGGUUAUCAUCUCAUCUCACUGUACACCAGCGAAUUCACACUGGAGAGAGACCAUUCACCUGCUCUGUGUGUGGGAAGAGAUUCACUCAGUCAUCUAACCUUCUGGCACACCAGAGAACACACACUGGGGAGAAGCCUUUCACCUGCUCGGUGUGUGGGAAGAGAUUUGCUCAGUCGUCCAACCUGCUGGCACACCAGCGGAUUCACAACUACCAGAGUAUCAACUUCAGUGCCUUCCCUUCCUUUUUCCACACUGUUACUCCUGGUAUCCCAGAGAUAGCCCAGUACCAGCAGAAGGGAGAAAUGGGCAGCUCAGUGACUUCAGGUGGGUCCGGCCUCAAGGCAAUCAUCUCGAUUCGUUUUUCACCAGCAAGUUCGCUGUUGAGGGAGACGGUUCACCUGCUCCAUGUGUGGGAAGAGAAUCAAUCAGUCGGCCCACCUGCUGAGACGCUACAAUGGAAAUCCAUCGGCAGAAUGGUGACAGUGAAACGGACAGGAUGUGAACGAGACCGUAGAAAAUAUCAUCAGAUUUUGAACAUGGAAGGAGACAGCACUAUUCACAGUGGAGAGAAACCAUAUUUGUGUCCUCAGCGUUUCAGUGAUUCAUCUGGACUGACACAACACAAGCGUACUCACACCAAGGAGAAGCCAUGGAAGUGUGGGGAAUGUGGGAAGGGAUUCAGAUCCCCAUCUGAGCUGGAAACUCAUCGACGUAUUCACAGUUCCGAGAGACCAUUCACCUGCCCUGAUUGUGGGAAGGGAUUCACUCGGUUAACUACAGUACUGACGCACAAGCUGGUUCACACUGACGAGAGACCUUUUAAAUGUCCAGAGUGUGGGAAGUGCUUUAAAAGUUCCGGGCAACUGCUGAGCCAUCAACGUGUUCACACUGACGAGAGACCAUUCAGAUGCUCUCAUUGUGGGACUGGUUUUAGGCGAUCAUCUAACCUCAGUAUACACCAGCGAAUUCACACAGGGGAGAGGCCAUUCAUCUGCUCCGAGUGUGGGAAGAGAUUCACUCGGUUGUCUCACCUGCUGACACACAAGCGAGUUCACAAUCUGAUAUCACCAACGAUGACCAGAAGGGUGUCCAGAAAUUUUAAAACCAGAAUGGACUCUUCUCAGUGGCAUGUCAGCGAGUGGGAGGUGGCUACAUCUGUAAAGGGAUUAGUGGACCUUUCCAACCAAAGAUGACCACCUUCUCUAGUUUUUCUUCCCGCUCUCCCUACCAAACUUUUAGCUUCUUAAACUAUCAUACCUGGUGGGAAUGGGAAACGGAGUCCGGAGACAAGUUGCAGUCAGAGCCUGGAGCUGGGAGC